UUAUAACCACAAGUUGUCGUAGAAGUUCGUGUAGUCCGCAUGCAUACACAGAUGGGAAGCAGAGAAAACAAAUUUUUGUGGAAGUAAUUUUCAUAAGCCAGUAUUAACGCCAAGACGGUUCGGUUGAUGCCUUGAUUGCCUUGUAUAUGCGCAUAUUUAAAGCAAAGCGUACAUGAUGAGCUGAGCACACCAUUGAUACGAGGUAUAUUAGGCAUGUAGGACAAAAAAGAAAAUUCGAGAUUUCUCUUAAAAAAAUUCUGAACAUGAAUGAACAAGAAGAAUACAUGGAUUUAUGUGAGGCUGCCUUUGAACAAGUGGAUGGUCUAAUACAUGAAUCUCAUCCUGGGAUUCAGCCUUCCUACAGUUUGUUGGGCUUACCAGAAAUGUCACUGCAGCCUAGCAUCUCUUAUGAGGUGGAAUUAAUGGGUGAUGUACCUGAGCCACAAGAUAAACAAAAGGUUCAUGGUGUUGAGCUCUCAAGUACUCAAGACGAGUUUAUGGGGCAGUAUUGCUCGAAAGACCCAACAGCUUACAAGCUUAAACGUAUUCAAUCAGCUCAGGUUCAUAAUGUAUCUGAGAGGAAACGAAGAAAUAAAAUCACGUUGAAGAUUAAAGAACUUCAGGAACUCAUGCCCCAUUGCAGAAAGAAAGAUAAAGCUUCCGUCCUGGAAGAGGCUGCUAAUCAUGUCAAAGCAUUAAAGCUUCAAGUUGAGACGAUGACAAAGGCCCGAGAAGGAGAAUUUCUAUCUCGUUACAUGCCUUAUGUGGGAACUCCAAUUAUCCAAUUUCAAAGCCCAAGACAGUGUGUUCCCCGAAGCGCAGGACCAAGUACGGGAACUGGAAUCGGAAUGCCAUUUGGGGUGGGAAUAUGCCAAAGUUGUUCGUGUGCAUGUGCACCAUAUAUUCACCUUCCUCCAGGUAUUUCAAACCCCUAUUCAGCCUCAAUGAUGGCUGCAUAUCCAUUAUUCCCUGCUGUGUGUUCGACUCAGACAGUAAUUUCGCAAAGUGACGGAAACUGUUCUAGUGAAACAGAGCCUUGCUCGGAAGUGCAUGAGCAGCUUGGCACAGGUAAUGAUCGAAAAAGGAGUGCAACCCACCUUAAACAAUAGUUGAUUCCUCAUCCUAAGUGUUGAAUUUUCUCUCAAGAUGAAGGUUGUUGCCAUGUUGCUUUCAGAAAGGUUUUUACGAGAAUUUGAAGUUUCAAUGUCAAAUGAACGUCUAUAGGUCUAAAUAGAGCGUUUGGUCAAUGCUUUUCAUGAAGAAUGGAAAAUAUGUAUACUUUAUAUAUUGUUUGUUUGGUUUCUUUAUUCCUUUCAUCACCCUUUUUUAGAGGAUACUAGUUAUUGGUAUGUGUGAUUCAGAUGACCCUGAACUUAAAGAUCAUAUUUAAUAUACUUUGCUCUACCUUGUAUAGUUAAA